UACACGGCGUCCGUCAGUUUCUUUCAGAGCACGUUUUUUUUCUUCUGAAAGGUCUACGAAUGAUGAGAGCCGGUCCUGGUUGAAUUAAGCGAUUUGGUUUAGGCUAGUGAACUCAACCAGACGUCGAGGUCAUCCAAAAACCAUGGCUGAAUCGGAUAAAGCAGAGGAUGUUGUGGAUGUCCUGACGGAUUUGAUCUCCCCAGGGGAUGAUGAGUUUGCUGAGGAGAUGGAUACCUCUCCUGCAGAGAAGAAACCAGUUAAGAAAGCUACACCGCCAGCGACAAAGAAAACGACCCCCAAGACAAAGCCCACCAGCGCCAAGUCAACACGAACAUCGACAAAGGCAACGAAACAAGCGACCAAAACAACCCCUAAGACAUCCAAUAAGAAAUCCACCACAGUAAAACCAGAUGCUGGCGCGUCAGAAGAACAAGAUGCGACUUCGUCUCCCAAGACAAAGUCGACCCCUACCUCUAGCAACACCAAGAAAAUAGUAAAGAAAACAACAACGGGGGAGACGGCGUCCGCCAAGAACACCAAUAAGACGACGGUUAAGAAGGAGCCUUCAAGCGAGAAGAAGGGAGGAAGCGCUAAGACACCAACUAGGAAGCCAGCUGCGCCAGUCAAGAAAGAAGCUGAAGAUAAGACGAGCAAGUCCAAAGAAGCGACUUCAACUGAUCAGGGUGAUGGAGAGGAGAAGACACAAGAAGAGAUGCAGCCGGUCAUCUCGCCGCCUCCAGCUAAGAAAGCCAAGUUGAAGACAUCCAGUAAGAGCGGCGCCACAUCAAAGAAGAGGGUGAAGCCAUCUCCAAAAGAGACGGAGACCAGUCAAAACGAAAAGGAGGAUACUGCUGCAGAAGAGACGGGCACAGAGCAGGCGGAGGAUGAACACACCGACGAGGCAGCUCCAAGCAUCCCUGGACUGGGUUUAGAGGAGGAGAGCAAGAAGGAGGAGCCAAAGGAAGGAGAGGAGGCUAGGACUGAGGCCAUGUUGGCCCAAGACCUAGAAGGGUUUGAUACUCGUAGUGAAGCUAGCAGCACCGAUGACAGUGAUUCAAGCCUGUCGGACGUCAGUGGUGGGCACUCAGGAACAGAGAAACCUCGCCGGCGUAGAGGGCGUAAGCGUUCCAUCUCACCUAUCGUCUACGAAAGAUCUGGCAAGAAGGCCAGUGGAUCUGAAACAGAAGAGGAGGAAAAAGAGGAGCCAGUGGAGGCAACGAGCAGAACUCGUAAAGCAGACCCAACCUCCAAGCUCAAGUACCUGUUCAGAGACGCUCGUUAUUUUGUCAUCAAGAGCAACAACCAUGAGAACGUGGCUUUGGCCAAAGCUAGGGGAGUGUGGUCAACUCUACCCAACAAUGAGCAGAUGUUGAAUCAAGCGUUCAGGGAGGCUCGGAACGUCCUCCUGGUGUUCUCCGUCAAAGAAAGCGGAAAGUUUCAAGGGUUUGCACGGAUGAGGUCCGAGUCUAGACGAGACGGUCCAACCAUCAACUGGGUCUUACCCAAUGGCAUGAAUCGCUCGGUACUCGGCGGAGUCUUCAAGAUUGAUUGGAUUACAAGGCAAGAGCUGACUUUUGGCAAGACUGGUCACCUCUUUAACCAAUGGAACGAUAACAAGCCAGUCAAGAUUGGACGUGAUGGCCAGGAAGUAGAGACACGAUGCGGAGAGGCCCUCUGUCGACUUUUCCCGCAGGACGAGCACAUCGAUGUCGUGGAAAUCCUAAGAGACGCCCGACGUCGCCGGCGCGAGAUGGCCACCAAGAGAAACCGCGAACCCUUGAGCAGCCGGAGGAGGAGAGAGGGUUUUAUGGACAGUAGGCAAAGUAGGAGUAGACCGAUGCCAAGAGAUCCGUACUACAUGGAAAGAAAGCGACCAAGGCAACACUAUUCGGACGUACCGAGAGAUGUUGUGAUGAACGGGUCCUACUCUGAUUACAUCAGAGAGUACAGUCGACAGGUUCCACCAAUGCCCAUGCAGCCAUUUCAUCAUCAACCACCAGGGAUGUACCCGGUGGAUAACUUCCCACCGCACUACCCCCCUCCGCCUCAUCAUCGCAUGCCUCCCCCAGGCCCCAUGCAACACCCCCGAGGCAGCAUGGGUGACUACCCCACGCCCCUGAUGCAGCCCUCACGAAGCGGGCGGGGCGGCAGGGAUAGGGACCGCAACCGGGAACGGGAGGAGAUGAGGCUGCGGAUGCGCGACAGGGAGCGCGAGAAGGAGAGGAUGCGCGACCGAGAGCGUGACCGUGACAGGGUGCGAGAUCGCGACAGGGACAGGGACCGCGAUCGAGACAGGGAUAGGGACAGAGCAAAGAUGCGGGACAGGAGAAUGGGUGACAUGCCACGCUCUCACGCUGCCGCUGUGGAUGAAUUUAUCAGGAGAACCUCAAGCUCCAGCAGCCGUCCCAGUCACUCUAGCCGUAGCCGGAGUGGACGUCACUGACACCCUAGUCGUAGCCGGAGUGGGUUUACUGACACUCUAGCCAUAGCCGGAGUGGACGACACUGACCGCUGCUUUACACAACAAUAGACCAUAUUUACAUGAUGUAAUAUAAGUUGGGCGCCCUCAUGUAGAGGUAAAAAAAGCGGCCGUUCAUUGGCCAAACCUCUGCGCUGCACGUUCAAAUCUAUGCGUUUUUAUUGUUCUGUCAUCGUUUUACCUCUAUGGAUGACCUCAAUGCAAGGUCUACAAAUCCCAUCUGCGAUCAUGCAUAGCUCACAUGAUGACACUGUAAUUAUAAUCGUUAAGAAAUACUCCCCCUAACUAAUGAGACAUGUCCGCCCCAUUUUUUAUAUAUUUUUUUUAUUUGGUUUUCAGGCGACUGAGUUUAACUUGUAAAGUGGCAAACCUUUUAGGAACAGAAAGAUGUCAGAUUGUAAAGAGGUAGUUGUAAAAGGGCUGUAGUGUCGGAUGACGAGUUUCCCAUUAGACCGUUAUGUCUGAGCUAUUUUGCCAGACCUGGGGCCAGUUUCAUGACUCUUCUUGCCAUAUCCAAAGCGCUUAUGGAGGCAGGGAAUCUUGCGCUAACGUAUUUCACGUUUUAGCAGGGUAUUUUUUCUUGUGUGCGUGCGCAAGCCAUGUUCCUAGGUAUUCUUCGCCGACGCUUGCCCUGUGAGCAAAGAAUUGUGAUCAUACACAUA